AUGACUGAAAUACUAUCUUCACACAACGCUUUCCUCCAAACCAUUUUGACCCGUCAACAUCAUCGUAGAUCUCUCAUCUCUUCAAUCUCUUCCUUUCCCCCUCAACCCACUGUGAGAGGAUACCAACUUCCCAUACUUCCCGAAAACAGAGUAUUGUCGAGUAUAGAGUCGGGUCAAGGAGGAAUAAGGACGAAAGAAAAUGUUGUAAACUACAUUCCUGGUGAAGAAACUGUAAGGAAUGAUUUGAGUGAAUGGUAUGGUGUUUCGGGGGAAUGGGGAAGUAACAGAAUACUUGGCUGUGAAGAAGAGGAGGUUUGUUCAGAAUAUCCAGCCUUACGUAGAUUAAUGGAACUCAAAUCAUCUCUUCUCUCUCAAACAUCUCAUCCACCUUUAACCCUCAAUAUCCCUCCAACACCAUCCGGAAUCCUUACAGCCCUUCAUCCAAACCGAUUCGACGUCAUCCUUAUUCAUCCUCUUUCCACAUGGGAAGAAACUGCCAAUCUACCAAUCAGACAUAUAUCCGCUGAUCCGGGGUUCGUGUUCCUUUGGGUUGGACAGGGAGAUGAAGAGGGGUUGGAAAGAGGUAGAGAAUGUUUUGUCAAGUGGGGAUUUAGACGUGCGGAGGAUAUAGUUUGGGUCAAGACGAAUAAGAAUUUACCUCUUGGUGGUACAACUCUUGACGGUCGUCUUUUCGCUUGUCAAAAAGUCCAUUGUCUCAUGGGUAUAAGAGGAACAGUGAGAAGAAGUACCGAUACAAGGUUUGUACAUUGUAAUGUAGAUACGGAUGUUAUGGUUUGGGAAGGGGAUGAGGAUGACCAUAUCUCCACCCACCCUCCAUACCUUCACACACUUAUCGAAAACUUCUGUCUAGGUACGAGACGAUUAGACCUUUUUGGGGUGACACCGAGAAGAGGAUGGGUGACGGGAUUUCUUUCCCCAAAGUCGUCUUCCGAAAUGGACUUAUCUACUGUAUCUGCUCCACAGAAUAAUGAUUUACCGCCUCCAAAACCGUUCGACCCCACUACUUACUCCCACCUUGUGUACCAAGACGAAUCCCGAUCUCAACUACCUUUCCAUCCUGAGAUCGAAGCUCUACGACCCAAGUCCCCCCAACGUCGGCCGAGAGGACAGGGAGGAGGUGAGAUGAACGUCAGGCCUGGCGGAUUUAGGGCUAAGAGAGGAGGGGACGGUGGUAAUUUUGGUCCUGGCUUUAGUCCAUUUAACAGUAACUACUCCGGACUGUCCCAGCCAGGUGGUUACGCGGGGCCUUCUCCUACUGGCGGAUACUCCGGUCCAUCUUCUACUGGUGGUAAUUUCGGGUCAUCAACUACUGGAGGACAUAUGAACGUCAGACAGGGCGGAGUAAGACCAUUUGGGAAUUCACAACCUCUUUGGGCAAAUGAAGGGUUCGGAAUGACAAUGGGAGGAUCAGGUGGGUUUAUCCCUUCAACAAAUCAAGGUUUCUCAACUGUGAUGAAUCAAGGAAUGGGUAUUGGUAUCCCGAAUCCUAUGGAUCAAAUGGCUCAGAUGCAAAUGCAAAUGCAGAUGCAGAUGCAGAUGCAGAUGGGUAUGAUGCCGAUGGGUAUGAAUAUGAUGGGAAUGGGGAUGAAUCCUAUGAUGCCGUUUGGUGGGUUUUCGAUGGGACCUCCGAAUGGUGGAGGUAUCGGGAUGGGGUUUGGACCGCAACAUUUGACCCCAGGUGGACAAGGUAGACAAGGUGGACACGGUGGAGGUGGACAAGGUUGGAUGGGUGGUCAUCCACCUACACCGGAUUGGCGACAACAAUGAAUCUGUAGCAUAUCUCUC